CCCAAAAACCCCAAACUACCGUGCCCACACGUCUUGCUAUCCAAUCGCCUGAUCACGACACCUAGCGCGCGUCCCCUCUCCUUGCUCCCCGCAAUGUCCGAAAAACCCACGCCCUCAAAGGCCGACGAAUGGGUUGGUCCCAAAGCAAACAAGUUCGACAACAAGGCGUACAGCGAGUACUACGACCCAUGUCAGGAGGCGGCAGAUAGGAGCAUAAAGUGUUUGAAGAGGAACGGGGGUGAGCGGGCAAUGUGCUCGGAUUUCUUCCAGGCGUAUCGCGACUGCAAAGAACAAUGGCAAGCUGCAAGGAAAGAAGCAAGGAAGAACAAGGGCUGGUUUGGUUAGUCAUUUGGGCUACGAAAAGGUGUACGAUAUCUCCACUCCGCAUGAGUACGGCGUUUGGCGCGCAUCUGUGACUUUUGUAACAAUAUUGGGAUUUCUUGGGGAGCUAGUGGUACACAAGGGACUACAGCAAAGCUCUUGGUCUGACUUUCAACCAUAUUUCGGCACAUGUCACACACGGUGCAAUGCAGUACUUCUACAGCCUUACAAAGGUCCUAUGCGCCACAAAUUACUCCUCAGAAAUCAAAAGCAUCGGGUUCAACACAU